AUGGCUAAAGGCGCGAACAAGUGGGCAGUGCUAGUUGGCAUUGAUUUCUAUGGUGAUCAAGGUGGUUCGGACUCUGUGUCCCCUCCGCCGAACAUCAAGAGCAGCCAUCCAGUUUCCUACAAUCAUUUACAGGGCUGUGUCAACGAUGUGGUAGCUGUGAGAGAGUAUCUUAUCAACACUCUCAAAGUGCAACCUGACAACAUAACUACACUCCUGGCUCCUCGACCAGAUCACAACUACACAAGCCUAUUGCCAAAGCACAGCAAGCCGACAUACCUUAACCUUGUCCGCGCAUUCCAGAAACCUCAGGGUGCAGAGCCAGGAGACCUUAUUUACAUUCAUUAUUCUGGUCAUGGGGCCCGCGCAACCACCGUCUUCCAGGACGUCAAGGCAACUGAUGCUCUGGACGAAGCUCUAGUGCCUAGUGAUAUUAAUCACAGUGCAUGCUACCUUCGAGACCUGGAGCUCGGAUAUCUCUUGCACCAGAUGGCAAAUGAUGGACUGGUUGUGACAGCGGUGCUUGACUGCUGCCAUUCAGGCGGUGCUGUUCGGGGCGACGAGGACUCACAACUCGGUCUCACCCGUAGCAUUCCAGAAGUCUACCGUUCCAACCCCGAAUCAGACCGACCACUCACCAAUACAAAGAGUGACGAAUGGUCAAGCUGGCUGAAAUGCUGGUCAUCAGGACAACAUGGCUUCUUCAGUCUUGCAGCCUGCCAAGAAGAACAAACAGCUAGAGAAAAACUUGGGACAGGCACUACCUAUGGCCUAUUGACUUACUGGCUUCUCAAAAUUCUCAACAGCAGCUCUAUGAAAAUUUCAUCCCAAUCCCUCUAUAGCCGAAUCAUCGACUGUGUCCAGGAUGACAAUCGACACCAGACUCCGCACUAUGUGGGAGACAGCAACAGAUCUUUCUUUAGCAAUGAACUUCGGUCUCCAAUCUACUCCCUGACAGUCACAACCGAGGCAUUGAAUCCAAACAAAGACCUGGAGGACCAACGACUAUGUCUGAAUGGUGGACUAAUCCAUGGAGUACAGAGAGACUCUGUGUACACUAUCCUGAAAUCGCAUGAGCACUUGACACAAGAUGUCAGGGAUAUUCAGGAGUCAAACAUCCUGGCUCGUGUUCGAGUUACCGAGGUCGAUACUGGGCAAUGCUGGGCGUCUUUUCUGGAAAUGGACAACUGUAGUCUGAGCGAGAUAAAGGGAGGCUGCCCUGCUGUUCUACAGACCUUGCCAAUUUCCAAGACAUGCAAAGUUUGUUUGGACAUUUCUGAUGGUAUGACAAACACCAUCAUGGAGGAGUGGAAGAAAAACAAUGGUGAUCGAUACUGGCUAUCUCUUGUCGAGUCUGAUGCAAACUUUACCAUCACAAUCGACAAAGACAACAAUUUCCUGAUUUCUGACGACGAUGGAGAGUUUGACCAUGUGGUCAAGGCGGCAACCCGGCCGAUCCCUAUCACAGAUACAUCAACGCUGAUCCGUCGUCUACAGCACUUGGCCAGACUCAGAAUGACAAAACGUCUAGCAAAUCCUGAUGUAAACUCGGACUGUCGCCUUAUCGACGUGUCAAUCAAGCCUGUCAUCAUUCCCGAAAACAAGAAGCAUCAGUUUCAGGCAGCUGAUGUAAAGGAAACGGCACCGGGAACCUUUGAGGUCCAGGAGAGCAGUUAUUUUACAAUUAGGAUAAGAAACUGUUCUUCGCGAGCUCUAGGAUGUGUGAUCUUGGACUGCACAUCAGAACUCAGCGUUCAAAGAAUCUUUCCUCGGGAGGAGCCAUUCUAUAAACUGAAGCCAAAUUCGCAUGUCGAUAUAAGCACUGCAUUUCUCAUCAAGUCGGACCUGCACCAGAACCUCAUCAAGUCUGGUAUACCUAUCGUUGACUGUAUCAAGGUGUUUGCAUGCAGUCCUGAAAGAGAUCUGGACUCGCUCAGACUCGAGUCUCUUCUCGUCAGCGAACGAUCUAGUGGGCCGCUUUCUUCUCCUUUCUUGGAUGGAUAUUAA